GGCAGCGCUUGGAAGGCAGUUGCCGGCUCUAUCUCCAUGUGAACCUUUUUGUUCCUUGCCUUGGAUUUGCUGGUCAGUGGCAUGCUGCUUUGCCUGGCUCUCCAUAGAGCUUGUAGCCUACAGGAAUUUGGACAGAGUGGUACAGACAUCGCCGACAGAGACUCUGAUCACUGACUAUCCCUUUAAAUGCAGUCUCAUGACUUAGUCUUUACUCCACUACCUAUUAAAGAAGGAGACAAGGCGUCCAUAGACAGCUUCAAUUCAGACACCCAGAAGGACUCAGAAAGGCAAGACAAUUUAACAGAGCUAACUGUAUGAUUAUCUGGUGGAGUGCAUUCCCAACUCACCUUCAUGUUGCCCACUGUCUCCUUUGCACUCAUCCUUACUUGGUGCUUAGCCAAGGGCAACUGCAUCUCCUAUGAUGAGCUGAAGGACCUGAAGACUGAAUUUGCAAUCAAUCUCUACCGCCACGCUUCUGAAGCAGAAAACAGAACCAACCUGGUCAUUUCCCCUGCAAGCGUGGCCAUUUCUUUGGAGCUGCUGCAGUUUGGAGCUCAAGGAAAUACCUUCACAGAGCUGCAGAAUGCCCUAGGAUACAACAUCCAUGAUCAAAGCGUGCAGGAUAUGUUGCACAAGGUGUACGAAGGAACAGCUGACUCUGGCCAGGGUGCUGUGGUGCAGCUGGCUUGCUCCUUCUUCAUGCACACUGGUGUGCAGCUCUCGCCUCACUUUGCUGCACAUGUCUCACAUUGGGCCAACAGCAGCCUGCAGCAAGCUGACUUCACCGACCCCAACCAAACCGCAGCCCUAAUACAGGGGUGGAUCACCGGUAACCUCGCAGAUAGGGAUGUGCACAGUGUGCCUUCUGAAGAAGCUGUAUCACCGCUCAGCCGCGUCGCUGUGGUGAGCACCAUGUAUUUCAAGAGCACGUGGCUGAAGAAGUUUUCCUUUAUGGAUACCCAGAUUUUGCCUUUUACCACAGCAGAGAGCUCAACCCUGAAAGUGCCCACAAUGCAUCACACAGCUGAAGUUAACUACGGUCAGUUCCAGACAACAACUCAGGAUGCUUUCAGUGUCGUUGAGUUGCCCUACCUGGGGGAGAAACUCAGCAUGUUCAUAGUGCUUCCCAGCCACAAAAGAACGCCUUUGUCCCAGAUUGAGUCUCACCUUUCUGCCAAAACCAUAGCACUCUGGUCCAGCAGCUUAAAGAGGACAAAGAUGGACAUUUUUCUACCUAGGUUUAGUAUUCAAAGCCUUUUUGAUCUAAAGACAGUUUUUUCUGCCUUGGGAAUUAGAGAUGCAUUUGAUCCCAUCACUGCUAAUUUUAAAGGCAUUUCAGAGCAAGCUGGCCUUUAUAUUUCAGAAGCUAUUCACAAAGCAAAGAUUGAAGUAACAGAGGAUGGCACCAAGGCGUCAGGAGCUACAGCAAUGGUACUACUGAAAAGAUCUCGAACACCUGUUUUCAAAGCAGACCGACCUUUCACUUUUUUCCUGCGACAAGCCAACACAGGUUCAGUACUCUUCAUAGGAAGAGUUACAAAUCCUCUAUAAUAAAUGCUAGUCAAAUACCACCUUCCACUCCUCCUAUGGUGAACUUCUCUCAGAUGAAAUUAAAGGCUACAUUAUGUAUGUAUUUAUUAAACAUUCUUGCUUGCAAAAAUA